ACGUGACCAGUAAGCAACGGUUUAAAUAGUCCCGUUAUUCCCUCUCACCUGUAACAUUAUAAUCCUGUGGAGAACAGAGAAGUAAAAUUCCAAAGGCAGUUAAACAAGAAGUAUUUGAAAUCUGACAGAUAUUCCCAAACAAGAAUUCCUCAGGGAAGGAGAUCUUCUCACCAUGUGGCUGUACCUGGCGGCCCUGGUGGGCCUGUUCUACCUCCUACGCUGGUACCGGGAGAGGCAGGUGGUGAGCCACCUCCGGGACAAGUACGUCUUCAUCACGGGCUGUGACUCGGGCUUCGGGAACCUGCUGGCCAGGCAGCUGGACCUGCGAGGACUCAGGGUGCUGGCUGCGUGUCUGACGGAGAAGGGGGCCCAGAAGCUGAAGGGCCAGACGUCAGAUAGGGUGGAGACGGUGAUCCUGGAUGUCACCAACACACACAGCAUCGCUGCGGCCACCCAGUGGGUGAAAGAGCGUGUGGGGGACAGAGGACUUUGGGGUCUGGUCAACAACGCAGGCACUUUUCACUCAUUUGGCUACACUGACUGGCUGAAGAUUGACGCCUGCAUGAGUACCCUCCAAGUCAACCUCAUUGGUUUGAUAGAGGUGACCUUGAGCAUGCUUCCCUUGGUGAAGAGAGCGCAGGGGAGGAUCGUCAAUGUCUCCAGCAUUCUGGGAAGGCUUGCUUUCUUUGGAACAGUCUACUGUUGCUCCAAAUAUGGAGUGGAAGCCUUUUCAGAUGUCCUGAGGCGUGAGCUUCAGCAUUUUGGGGUGAAAGUCAGCAUAGUUGAACCUGGCUACUUCAGAACAGAAAUGACAGAUCUGCAGAAGGCCUCAGAGAUAGUGAAGCAAGUCUGGAAAGAAGUCCCUCCUCAUAUCAAGGAGACCUACGGACAGAAGUUUUUUGAUGCCUAUUUUGAGAACGUGAAAAGCAGUCUGUUGCAAAGUAGCACAAACCUGAACCUGGUCACUGACUGCAUGGAACACGCUCUGACAUCUGUGCAUCCCCGCACUCGAUAUUCUGCUGGCUGGGAUGCUCAAUUUUUCUUCAUCCCUCUAUCUUAUUUACCUACAUCACUGGCAGACUACAUAUUGACUAGAUCUUGGCCCAAACCAGCCCAGGCAGUCUAAAGAAAACUUGCUUUGUGGCUCUUGAAAUGAAGAAGGCAAAAAUCUGAAAUUGAGUGUUAGUGUUCCAGUAAUCCUUACUUAAAAUCUAUAUUUUCGGCAACAAUAAGCUUUAUUGCCUAAACUCAUUUAUCUGGCAUCAUCAGAGAAACAGCAUGUUUAUAUUCCAGAUAUUCAAAGUUUAUUCCUUAUAGGUGAUGAAUCUUUACUAUUUUAAACAGUUUUUGAUGACAAUAUUUUCAAAAUGCAUCAUUCUUCCUUGUCUUAUUAAACAGAGUGACUAAAAACAA